AUGGACAAUGUAGUGAUGAGUGAACUGAAAUUAACUGGCGAAGUUAGUAAAAUCGAUAAAAGUAUCGAUCGUAUGCAUACCUGUCCAUUAUUGUUACGAGUAUUUUGUAGUAAUCAUAGACAUCAUAUAUCAAGUGAAUAUGAACAAGGUAACACGCCUGAGAAUGAACUUCAAAUAUAUACGUGGAUGGAUGCCACACUAUCUGAAUUGACAUCAUUAAUUAAAGAAGUCAAUCCUGAUGCCCGACGUAAAGGUACACAGUUUUCGUUUUCAAUCGUUUAUCCAGAAGAACAUUAUCAACGUUAUCGUAUACAAGAAAUUGGUGUCACUGAACAAGGAGUUAAACGGUCAGACGAUAAUAUUCCAUUGUCAGCUAAACGAUUUACUGUCGGCGAUUAUUUAGAUGUUGCUAUUAUUCAUGGCGGUGGGAAUGAUCGACGAAUACAUAACAAUAAUAGUAAUAAUAAUUCACGCGAUGAAACAAAUAAUCGAGAUGGAAUGGGACGCGGUAGUGGCUAUCGCGGCGGGAGAGGUAAUCGUGGAAUCAUGAACGAUCGAGAUCGUGAUAAUGUUGGCAACAAUAGUAAUGAUCGAUCGGAACGACAACGCGAUAGAGGCGAUGAACGAAGUGGCGUUGGGCCAAUGAUGAGACAACCGAAAGAUCAUCGAGAUCGGCCUUAUUAA